UCGGAAUAAUUACUGACUUAAUCUCUGCUCUCAGGUCGCCAUGCCUUUCCUCCGGCAGGCCCGAGGCCUCAGCCUUCAACCCCGCGCUGCCUUCCUUCCUAUCAACACCGUACCCUUCCAUCCUGCCGUCCGCUAUGCAAGCCAUUGGAACAAGCACAAGAAGAACCAUGCGGCCCGAGACUUCCAAGAAAAACCUCGAUCAGACCAUGACAUGGGAUCGGACAAACAUCAGAAGGCUUUCUGGAAGUCUAUCACUCCCGACUUCCUAACGAACGAGUCAGAAGCUUCGCCAGGAAGAAGAAGUCACUUUGCCCAGGUCUCGUCCUUCAAGAUGCAUGCUUCUCACAAGUCAGGCUCGAAGCCGACUGUCGAAGCUUCUUCCACUUCGUGGGACUCCAAGACCAACGAAGUCAAGCGUACCGUUUACGACCCAAUCUCGGGAAGAAUGGUGCCCAUUGGCAAUGGUCAAAGCAGACAAACUUCCACUUCGGCAAAGCACAGAAAGAGCAAUCAAACUCCUUCAAAGAGUUACCAGAAGUCCGACAUCGUGUCGCAGCUACCAGCCCACGCCGAAGCCCCUGUAAACACCCCCACGACCCAAGCCUCUUUCACUGAGGACUUUGAGAAGAUCUCCACGUCCGAACAUGAGGAGCUUCUCGCUGCCCGUAGACAUCUGGAUACUCUGCGUGAGCAAAUUCAGGUCCUGGAACGUCAGGCUCAUCCAGAGUUGGUCAAGCCCAGCGACACCCUUGAUGCAGAACGACCACCCGUCUUCGAAGGCGGUUGGGACAACGAUCCGAAGGGACUUCAAACUGCCUUCAAGCACGAGAAAGAGGCGUGCGAACAUGGUGACAGGGAGCCUCUGGAACAAGAGAUGGCUGCUCUUAACAAGAGUCCCGUUCAGGAAACCAAUGAUGACUAUAGUGUAGCUCCUAGUGGCAUGGAAACUCUUUUCGCACAUGAACAGGAGGUCAACGACACUGACCACCACUCAUCUCUGGAACAGGAACUGGUUGCUAUGAACACCAAGCCUCCUCCACUCGAGGAUGGAUAUUCUGCCUCGCCAGAAGGUCUCGAGAAUCUUUUCGAGCAAGAACGGCAAAAAGCCGGAACCGGCGAACGUGAGUCUCUCGAAGACGAAGUCAGGAUGAACGGCCUUGUCAAAGGUCAACCACAGCACACCGACGUUUAUUCAGACAGCGGCCUCGAAAGCUCAUACCGUCAUGAGCGGAAGGUUACCCCUCAGAGACUGGAACGUGAGCUCAACCUGGCGGCAAAACCAUCUGUAGGCGAAAUCAAUGAUGCCUAUUCUACCGAGCCUAUCGGUAUGCAGACCCUUUACGAGAGGGAAGCAGCAGAUGCUCAGAAAGGACAGCGCAAGGACCUCGAGCACGAGCUCAACGACCACAUCCAGGCCCGUUCUCUCAACGAGAGCCUUCUGCCCAACCUGGACGGAAUGCAGAACCUCUGGAACCGAGAACAAGAGCAAGUUGAGCGAGGAAAUGUCAAGUCUCUCGAAGAGGAAAUUCGGGCUCGACAACAACCAGCGGUCGCGAAGGACAAGUCUGAUGCUACGCCAUUUGGUAUGGAGAUUCACUUUCGCGACGAAGCUCGGGGUGUUCGAAGUAACGGAUCUCAGUCUCUAGAAGAUGAGAUGAGUCGCAGGGUACAAGCUCAGACAUACAAUGACGACUGCUCUCGUGCUCCAAGCGGUCUGGAGACUGCUUUUGACAAAGAGGAGAAGGACGCGAUGCUUGGAAAGCGCCAGAGCUUGGAGAGUGAGAUGAACACCCCUGAACCUGCCUUUGAAGAUGGUUAUUCGACAAUGCCGAUGGGCCUUCAGAUGAUAUUCUGCCGAGAGAAGCAGAGCGACGGCCGUACUCUGGAGGAGGAUCUGAAGCAGAUGGAAGAAGCCUCGUACCAUGAAGACGGCUACUCACGUGCACCCAUCGGCAUGGAGAACUCAUUCGACAAGGAGACAAAGACCGAAUCGGACCCUCUCGAGGAAGACUUCAAGACCAUGCCAGGUGAGGGUGAUCUCUCUCCAACUGCAGACAAUGAUGAGCUCAAACAACAUACCGCGGUCUUUGGACGUUCGCUCGAUGAAGCGACUUCAAAUCGCAUCGAACCCAACGUACCGAUGCCAAAGACCGCAAAUACAGCAGAAAGUCAAUCACCAGCAACCAUACCAGAAAACAAUUCUACAGAUGCACACUUAACUCCAGCACCAACGUCACACGUCGCCUGGGCAGAACCCGCUCUUUACAAGGUCGUCGCGUAUGACUCCGGCAAGGAUGCUAUCUCUAUCACCACCACCCCAACGAACUUCUCGGAUGCAGAAGCGCCCAUAUCGAUACCCUACGCUAUCUCUCGGCUGGAUCAGGCUGCCCGUUUCAUUCCACAUCUCGCAUCUUUACAGAACGAGGGUUUCCAAGUAAUUCAUGCGGAGCGAGACUUUUUGAUACUGCGAAAAGUACACAAGGAUUCUCGUUCAACAUCGUCAAGGCUUGGGGGCGCUAUCAACCCUAUCGAUGGUACGGCUAAGCAUGGUCCCAUUGAGCCACCUACUGCUCGUUUCGCUUCACCCACAGGGUUCGUCAACUACGAGCCCAUCUUUACACCUGAGCCCAUAUCCAAGUACAAAGAUACAUUCGGCACAUCAUUCGACAUCCCUACUCAUGGAAAUCCAGUCAUUGAGCAGCAUGACUACUAUCCAUCGCCCGUUGAUGGACGAAUUGUUCGCAAGCCACGUGAUUAUGGGUUCCGCAAGGAGAAGAGAGGUCGCUGGCGUCGUCGAACUGCUUGGCUCUUGAGCGUGGCUGCAGGUACCGCAGUGUCUACGUAUGCUUUUGGUGUUGCUGGUGAGCUGUCUCGGCCUGAGAAGCAUGUGAUGGGAUCAUCGAGAUGAUCCAAGGUCACUUUUUCAUCCUCCGAUAUGCACAUUAUGUAAUCACCCCUGGACAGUUGCUCAGGAGCAAUCUCUUCCAUUCUUUCCUUUGUAUCUUGAUGAUGCAGAUGGUAGUUAGUAUACAAG